UUUUCAGAGGAAUCCAUCAUGUUUAUGUUCCGCAGAGACUGAGGCCACGGAUACUGAUGGCUGUUCGCCAUUUGUUCAGCUCUCCACCCUCCGGCUGCAAUCAUCACCGUGCUGCCAAAUCAAAGGUCACACUCUCUCUCCUCCUUUCAUUCACGCUGCUCUGCGCCGUCAAGACCUUCCAUGCGCAGUCUGGACGGAAAGCUUCCACUAAAACCACCAAAAGAAACAGUUUGUUCCCCACAAGUCUUCCUUUAUUUCUGUCCAGACCCGGUAAAGCCGUGUCUGUGGAAAUAUUUUAAGAGACUUGACGCCGAGCGCGUUUUUUGCGCGUUGUUUACUAGCGAAUCUGCGGCGAGGGACGGGUAAAUGGAGUCCUCUCUUGAGUUUUCCAACUCUUUGAGCAGUGUGUCCUCACUGUUGACCCGCUGCCGGACAUUCAAAGUGCUGGUGAUAGGAGACUCCGGAGUGGGGAAGACCUGCCUGACGCACCGACUCUGCGCCGGAGAGUUCCCCUUGAGAGUGGAGGCCACCAUCGGGGUGGACUUCCGCGACAGGGUUCUAGAAAUCGAUGGAGAGAAAAUUAAGCUCCAGCUGUGGGACACAGCGGGACAGGAGCGUUUCCGAAAGUCCAUGGUGCAACACUACUACCGUAACGUCCACGCUGUGCUCUUCAUAUACGAUGUGACCUCCCCGGCCAGCUUCAGCGGUCUGACUUCCUGGGUAGAAGAGUGCCGGCAGAACUCCCUCGGACAGGAAAUCCCCAGGUUCCUGGUGGGGAAUAAGAGCGACCUUCGUGACCCCCACAGCGCUGACAGCCAGGUGAGCCAAGAGCGGGCGAUGAGCUUCGCCAAAGCCCACAAUAUGAUGUUUUUUGAGACGUCUGCCAAGAACCCACCAAACAAAUGUUGGAGCGGUCGACGAGGCGAUGGGAAGGUGCUGUACCAGCAGGACAGGGCGGAGGACAUCGUCGUUGCUGUUGGUUCUAAACUGAAGAGACAGAGGAAACCUUCGGCAGCAAACGCCCUCGCCCACAGCGGCUCCUUCAAAAUCCUGAACAAGAGAAGAGCAGAGAAAGAGCUGUGGACCUGCUGCUGAGGGGGGAAAAGAGAGAGAACUGAAUGUCACUUUUUAGCCCUGUAGGAGUGUAUGGUAGUGUGUGAGCGUACGUGUUUGUGUGAGUACGAGAAUGGCCAUAGUGUGUGUUCGGAUCAGAAAUGGGAAACUUUUACAUUUGAAAUAAAGUUGCAGUCAUGCAGAACUUUAAUAUUCAUACUCUUAAAUAUGUAAGAUGUCCUACCGGUACUUGGAAAUGCAGUGUAUAUUUGUGAUCUUAUUGUUUACAACAGUUGCAAAAUAAUUACUGUGAAUGUAAAUAUUA